AGUACUACUCUGUGCUUUCAUUGGUGUUCUAUUUAUGUGUGGUAAAAGAAGGAAAGUUAGAGACGUUGAAAGACGUGGUGAUGGUUGGUUUUCGAUAUCCAUGUUAGAUGGAAAAGCAUUGUACAGAGAUAUCUUAAACGCCACAGAGGACUAUGAAGAGACUUCAUUCUUCAUUUGAGAAUACACAUCCCAAAAGCUUUAUGAAUGAAGUAAGGGCAUUGAUUGGGAUUAAGCACCGGAACAUCGUGAACCUCUACGGCUAUUGUUCGAAUGCACAAAACUCGUUGUUGGUUUACGAGUAUGUGGAUAGGGGGAGUUUGUCUACCAUUUUGAGCAAUGAAGUUGAGUCCAAGAAAUUGGAUUGGCUUAAAAGGGUAAAUAUCAUCAAAGGUGUUGCUUUGGCUUUAUCUUACAUGCAGCAGGAUUGCUCACCACCGAUCGUUCAUCGUGACAUAUCAAGCAUUGAUGUUUUGCUUGAUUACGAGUAUGAAGCUCGUGUUUCAGAUUUUGGCAUAGCUAAGCUUCUCAAGCCAGACUUAUCUAAUUGCACUGCACUUGCAGGCACGUAUGGACAUGUUGCACCUGAGCUUGCAUACACAAUGAAGGUUACAAAAUUGUGUGAUGUCUAUAUCAUUGGAGAUAAUAAAAGGAAAAGCAUCUUGGGGAAUACAUUACUCUGCUAGAAAAUUCAUCGACUACAGAUCAUGUGCAGCUUAGCGAUUUGCUAGAUGAAGGCCUUCCACAUCAUGAAAAUGAAGUAAGAGGUUUUGGUAUUUAUCAUCAAGCUAGCAAGCUCUUGUUUGCUUGAAACUCCAAAAUCAAGGCCAACAAUGUACUUCAUCUCUCAUAAGUUAUCAUCAAUGGAUCCACGUCGAUCUACUCAUCAGAUAAACCCCCAUAUAAGGCGAGCUAUAUAAUCCAUGAUGGCUGAUACGUAAGGUGUCUUUGUAUCGAAAUGAAUAACCUUCAUCACCCAGUAAUUGUGACGUAAGUAGUUUAAUGUGAAAGUCCCACAAAAAGUUAUUACCGGGACUAGUAUUGUUUUAUCCUUAGAUUAGUAAUCUAGUUUACUGAAGUAGAGUUAAUACAUUGUAAAUUUCUAAUGUAGAAGGUAAUUAUUUAAUCUCCUCGUGCCAAAAAGUAAUAAAACAAGCUUAGAUCAAA